AUGCUGGAGAUCCAGGAUACCCUGGAGCAAUCCAAUCCAUUUAAUCCAUUCAUCCUGUUGUACAAGCAAGCUUAUCAGAUCAUCAUGGAAAAGCCUGAAGCAGAAUGUGCCAACAUAACAGCCCAUAUAGCUUUUGACCAAACUCUGGACCAAAGUCGUUAUAAUCUUCCUACUGCAGAUGAAGUUGCUGCUGUUAUCCCUGGAGAUGGAGAACACAAUGUUGUUGAGGACUGUGAUAUUGUUUUGCAGCUGAAGCAAUUUGAUCAUGGUGGUGGUCUCAAGCAUAUCAGCUAUUUGUACCCCCUUUAUUCACCUCUGCAUUAUGUCCUCCUAUUUUUCUUUGGAGAAUAA